AUGGGAGUUGUGAGCAGUUUCUAUGGUCAGAUGAUGUAUCCAUUAGAAAUCUCAGAAAUCAAGCGUGAUUAUGACGCUGGACUUUCGUCCUUUCACCGCAGUCCUCUCGGCGGCGAGAUGGUGGUGGGGUUAGAGCUUCCGAGGGUGGACCUGUCGGAGGAGAGGUGGGUGGUGGCGAAGCAGAUAGUUAAGGCGAGCGAAGAGUACGGCUUCUUCAAGGUAGUGAAGCAUGGAGUGCCGGAGCACACCAUAGCCGCCAUGGAAGAAGAAGCCGCCGCAUUCUUCGCAAAACCGGUGGCUCAGAAGAAGGCCGUCGCCGGCUAUGGCUCCAACACUAUCGGCUUCUGCGGUGACGUCGGCUGCCUCGACUACCUUCUCCUCAACGCCUCUCCUUCUUCCUCAUCUAUCUCCCAACUAAACCCUUCCAAAUUCAGGUCUACUGUGAGUGAAUACGUAGGGGCAGUGAGGGAGCUGGCAUGUGAAAUAUUGGAGCUAAUGGCAGAGGGUCUGGGGGUCCCUGAUACCCUGGCUUUCAGUUCUUUCCUCAGACACCAUGACAGUGACUCUCUCCUCAGGUUCAAUCACUAUCCGCCUCUCCUUCUCAAGGACAUUAAUGUUGCCUUUGGAGAGCAUUCUGACCCCCAGAUCUUGACCCUACUCAGAUCCAACGAUGUUGCUGGCCUCCAGAUCUCCCUCCCCGAUGGCCUCUGGUUCCCUGUCUCUCCUGAUCCCUCUGCCUUCUUCGUUAAUGUGGGUGAUGCUCUGCAGGUGAUGACAAAUGGCAGAUUUGUAAGCGUAAGGCACAGGGCUAUGACAAACUCAGACAAGUCCAGAAUGUCAAUGGCAUUUUUUGGGGCUCCACCUCUAAAUGCCUGCAUCGCUGCUCUCCCGGAAAUGGUUACCACCCAGAGGCCAUCACUUUACAGGCCUUUCACCUGGGCUGAGUACAAGCAAGCUGCUUACUCUCUCAGGCUUGGUGAUCACAGAAUUCACCUUUUCAGGAUGUGUACGCAAGUAGACCAGUGAUAGGCUAUACUUAUAGCCCACCACCAGAAUGAAUGUGAAACUUGCUUCCUGCGAGUGUUUUGAGAGCAGGUCAGCCCCAGAAAGGGGGGAAAAGUUGAGCCGAGUGGGAGAUAACUUGAUAAAUAAAAGAAGAGGAAGAAGGGAAGAGGGGGUUACUGUUUCUGGCCUUUUAAUGUGGUACCCAAUCGAGUUUAGCACUU